AUGACUGAUGACCGUCAGUACACCAAGGCGAGCAAAAUAAUUUUCACAUUUUUUCAGUUCAAGGACUUCCUACUAUCCUACAAUAAGCUGUCAGAAAUUUGCUUUGCUGACUGCGUAUGGGACUUCACAACAAGAAGCGUAAAGAAUCAGGAAGAUAAAUGUGUUAUCAAUUGUGCUGAGAAGUACAUGAAAAUGAAUCAACGAAUUCACAACGCUUUCACGAGUUCAAAUGGUGGCUAACGAGAAUAUGAUGAAGAAUUCUUAAUUGAUUCCAGUACAUUAUUCAAAAAUAUUUCAACAAUCAAGUUUUGUAAAUAAUAGCUGUUUAAUGUGUAAAAGUAAGUAGUGUAUUAGUGUUUGAAUGAGAUAAACGUUGUUGAAUGGAGAAUAAAUAGCUUUUGUUGUUUUAAAUCGGCUUAAA